CUGGCAUUCUGAAAAAAUGUUUUCAGUCUCACUUUAAAGAUAAACUAUGGAUUAUUCCUUACCUUAAAACUCAGGGUAACAAAUUCUGUACUUGCUUGCCAGAGUAUCAGAGAUACUUUGGUCAACCCUCGGCACAAACUCAUCCGCAUAUUAUCAGCAAAGAAGAAGAAGUCACACCAGCAAUUACGAAGGAAGAAUAUGCUCAACGAAGAAACACUCUCAUGUCCAAUUUAUCAAAAUAUGGUAUCAAUAAGGAUUCUAGCAAUAUUUUAAUCAUCCCAUCUGCCGAGAAACAGUACAUGACACAUGAUAUACCAUACCCAUUUCGACAGAAUACAGAGUUUUUGUACCUGUGUGGGUUUCAGGAACCAGAUAGUGCUUUAGUUAUAUUCAACGAGGGUAAAACAUCAAGUCAUAAAUCUGUUUUAUUUGUGCCAAAACGUGAUCCGAAUUCAGAACUUUGGGAUGGUCCUAGAUCAGGAAUAGAUGGCGCUAUAGCUCUUACAGGAAUCGACGAAGCAUAUAAUAUGAGUGAACUGGAAUUAUUUCUCAACAAAUACCUCACACACAGCAAUAAGUUCACUCUUUGGUAUGAUACACAAAGGACGCCAGUGCCAAAUGUACAUAAUAGCACAAUAUCAGAGUUUAUUAAGCAGAAGAAACAUUGCUCAAUAGAAAAUCCAAAAAGACUACUGCAUAUGCAAAGAUUAUUGAAAUCUCCUGCUGAAAUUGAAUUGAUGCGUCAUACAACUGAAGUGGCAUCGCAAGCUUUCAUUGAUGUUAUGGCAUUCUCACAUCCUGGGGUUAAUGAGGCCCACCUUUAUGCCAAGAUGGAAGUGGAGUGCAGAAUGAGAGGAGCGGAUUUCCUUGCCUAUCCCCCUGUAGUUGCAGGAGGAAAUCGGGCCAACACCAUCCAUUACAUAGCUAACAAUCAGCUAAUAGAUGGCACAGAGAUGGUAUUGAUGGAUGCAGGUUGUGAGCUACAUGGGUACACCAGUGACAUCACUAGGACGUGGCCUGUUUCAGGUACAUUUACUGAUGCACAGAGAGAAGUUUACGAGGCUGUACUAGAAGUGCAGUUAGCAUGUAUUAAGCUAUGUAAAGUGGGAUGCAAGCUGGAUGAUAUGUUUAGAGCCAUGGUCCAUAUGAUUGGCAAACAGCUAAUAAGGUUGGGUAUCGUUCCUGAAUCCACAAGUGACUCUGAGAUCUACAAGUUGGCAAGGGAUAUUUGUCCCCACCACGUGAGUCAUUACUUAGGAAUGGAUGUCCACGACACACCUUCAGUAUCAAGGAGCCUGGCUAUACAACCAGGGACUAUUAUCACUGUUGAACCAGGCAUGUACUUCCCUAAGGACAACACAAAAAUACCUGAACGAUUCCGUGGAAUUGGCAUAAGAAUAGAAGAUGAUGUUCUCAUAACAGAAGAAGGUCCUGACGUCUUGACUCACAAUUGUCCUAAAACUAUAGGAGCCAUAGAACAUGUGAUGAAAUAUCAGAAACGUGUGACGUGGAGUAAGGAGGGAUAUUAGCAGUAAUGGGGGAAAACAUGGAGCUGGUAUAUAUGAAACAUGUAGCAGGAAUAUG